GUUUGUGGAAAAUGAAUGUUCCACCAAUACCACCACUAUUAUGUAGUACACCACCACCCAUCGAUUUUGGUGAUGACGACGAUGAUGUUCUACCACCUGCCUUGGAUGGAGAUGUUGAUGAAGAAUUUGGAGAUUUCUCCGGAGGAGAUAUGAAAUUGGACGAGCCCCUACCGUCACCCAGACCACCCUCAGUUACAGAUUUACCUCCAGUUAGUAUCUAUGAUGGUUUCGUUCCACACGACGACGACACUUUGUUGGGAACAGCAAAUGAGCCAUCAAAGAAAAGUCCACAAACAACUCCCAUAGUGGAGGCAUUUAAUUACAGUAUUAUGGAACAGGGAGCAAAAGAAUUUACAGAGAAGAGUAAAACUGAAGAGAGCAAUCAUAAUGUAACAACAUUUGGUUGUGAUAAUGAAAACCUAGCAACAACAAUUGAAAGUCAACAAGUGGAGUCCACUUUAGAAUAUCCAGAUGAUGCGUCUCUUUCAAAUGCCAGUCAAAUUAAUGAAGAAAAAGAAAAGACAAUAGAUGAACCAUCUUUGCAAGAAGAUAUUAAUACCCAUAUUGAAAUUCCUAUUAGCAGAGGUGAGGUCUCAAGUCCUCCCACGGCAGAUGUACCUCCUCCACCAAUAACGAAACUAGAAAGCAAUGCCAAACCCACAAUAAGUCCCCUAACCAACAUAGUGUCAAUUGAAGAUUUGGAAGAUGAUCUAAGUGAAGACGAGCUGUACUCGCCCCGUACUCCCAAAAACCUAACUGAGGCUGAUGUUACAAGCAAUGACUUCUUUAAAAUACAAGAAAUCGAACACGAUAGCAAUGUAACGAAUGUUACAAAGACCUCCUCCGACACCUAUAUCUCCAAAAAGUCGCCAGACAAUUUUGUCUUUGGAGACAUACAUGAGCCGCCACCUUUAGAUGAUGUCCCACCUAUAGACGACAAUAAUGACGUUGACGAUGAUUUUGGAGAUUUUGCAGAUUUUCAAGACUUUUCAAGCAAUAUUACAGCAGCACCAACAACGUUUAAUAACCCUGUCUCGCUGGAUACUACUCCUGUUGUACCUGUCGCGGAAAGCAAAAUUGAACAAUGUUGUAAUGAUACUGAAGACGAUUUUGAUGAUUUUAUACAGCACUCACAUUCAAGCGAAGAAUUUAAAGGAGAACAUUACUCUCCUCCACCAAUGCAAGAAAACAAUCAGGGAGAGAGUAUUUGCCCAUCCGAUGAUGAUGAUUUCGACGAUUUUACUUCUGCUUGUGCGGUAAACACAGUGGAUCUCGCACAGACAGAUGUCAAUGAAAAAGUCGAAGCAGGAACAGCGUCCUACUUAGAGGAUAAAUCAAACGAAGUUGAUGACGAUAGUUUUGGUAAUUUUGAUGAUAUACCAAUAGAUGCAGCGCCUGCGUUAUUUACUGCACACAAAUCAGCAGACAUCGUAUCCAAUGAAUUCUCCCAUAGCCAGUGUGAUGAAAACGAUGACUUUGGUGAUUUUGCAGAUUUCAGUGCUCCACCUCCAGUUACUAUUACAAAUCCUCCCCAAGUCCCUGAAAAAAGUGACCAACAAACGCAUAAUGAAGUUAAAAAAAGUGAUAAUGUAGAAGAUGACUUCGAUGAAGAUGAUGAUGAUUUUGGAGACUUUAAUACAGCCGAACCAAUUACACCACAAAUUGAUACCACAACUACAAAACAACAAACUAGUCAAGCAUUAAGUUCUAAUACACCUACUUCAAUUCUGCAAACACCCACGAAUCUUAAUGAACGCAUAUCAACAAUUCUGGAAUUGAUGUUCUCGACCACUGCAUUUCCUUCUAACACACCAUCUUCAAAUGAUAAUGACACCGAACUAAAGAAACGGAAAAUUCAAGACAUUCCCUUCACCUCAAUAGAUGCUGCCAAAGCUUUAGAAUAUCAAUGGUUGAAUUCGGAAACAAGGCAUGCUUUUAUCAAAUCACUGGGUAUUGAUUCACGAAAUAUUCUAUACGGUGAAAAUUGGAACCCUUCUUUGCCACGUUUCGCUGCUAAUUUGAGUUUUAAUCCCUUAAAGCCUAUGAAACCCGUAAGCUCCAAUAGCGGAACUAAUUCCAGUACCAAUCCUCCUUGUCCACCAUCCUUAGAUACAGCUCCUGUAGGCAACAAAGAUUUAAAUAAUCCUAUAAAUGACCAUCGUUUAGCUGAAGACAAAAAGGAUACUGCAGAUCUAAAUUGGAAAAUGUCAUCAACAGAGCAGAAAAGUGAAGCUCUGAAUGACAAUACAAAUGAAGUUCGAUUGUCCAACAAUACUUCAUCAACAACUCAAGUGGCGGCAUCUCUGCCGUAUGUAUCAUCUGAACCACCGGAAUCGUUGACCAUCUUCGACAAUCCCUUAGAUAUUGAGGCAGACAAAUUUUCCAAAACACCGCCCAUAUGCGAAAUGGAGUCUGUCAAUUCAUUCUCUUCGCCAAUACCGUCUCUAUCGGGCCUAGAAAUAGAUAUGCCACCAAUGGUAGCUGCACCCAUCGUUAAAUCAAUGAAGAAUUUAGACUUAAAUGAACCCGAUAAUUCAGAUGAUAUCCUCGAAGUUGUAACAUCUACAACAUUUUCAGGAUCUUUCAAAGAAACUCAUAUCUAUACACCCCCCAAAACGCAGGACAAUUCCUCAUCCACUCCGUCGUCGACUUCAACGACAUCGCCAGCCAAGACAAAUAAUAUCGAUUUUGAUUAUGAAAAGGCAGCAAUGGGUGUAAUAAUUGAUGAAACUGUUGUCAAGAAGGAGUAUCGGGAUAUCGAAUAUAACCCACCAUUUACCAGGGAAUCUCUAACACGCACUCCCUCUCUGAAAACCGAAUCUGUGGAAGCAUCAAAUAACUUGUCGAAUCAAACGACCGCAGUAAGCGGUUUUAGCAAUGACAAUGCUGAGGAUGAUUUCAAUGAUGAAUUUACUGAAUUUCAAUCGGUGCCAAGCGUUCCUGCAGCACUACCUAUCACCAACGUGUCGUUGGCAAAUAACUCGAAACCACCAACAAACACUCAGCCUAAUCGUACAACAUCGGAAAUUUCAAAAACAUCCAGUUGCGGCAUGAUUCUCAGUCCAGCGAUUCUAAUACCUCAGGCCAUCUCGAUGGAAUCCAAUAAACCAAAAAUCGAAUGGGGGGAUUCUACUGCUUCUAUAAACCCAGAAGAACUUGCACGUAUUGAAGAACUAUUCCCGGAACCCACAAAAGUUGUUAAGUCCAACAAUACAACAAACUCUUCGCAAAAAUCCACACCAACUCACCAGGCGACAGCUCCAAAUACAAUCAGUGCUACUGUCGCCAAUAGGGAAUUUGAGGGUAUUAACAAUGGUGAUGACGAUGAUUGGUCGGACUUUAUCUCAGUGCCGGUGGCUGCCAACAACAACAAUAAUAACACUAAAGCACCACUAACAAACAACAAUGCCAGCACAAGGAGUCAAACGAAUUCACCAUUCAAGCAGAGGUCACCACUUAAUUCGUAUAAAAUGCCGAACUAUAAUAACUCGUCGACUAAUGACGACGAAUGGUCUGAUUUCGUGAGCAGUGCUCCAUCACCAGCAGCACCACAACCUGCUGAUAUGGCUUCAAAUGUGCAGGGACCCCCACCAACGCACAGAGUUCCUCAGUUCAAUAGCGGUGCUUGGCAAAAUGCAAAUUUCUACAACAAUCCCCUAAGUUUGUAUCACAAGGGUCCGCUUAAUCUGCACUCGGGCUCACAACAGUCUCCAAAAACCUACUUAAACAACAACAACUAUAAUCAAUUUCAGACAGCCAACAUUGCUGGCCAUCAGCAGCAAAUUCAUGUAAUGCAAAAUUUCUCCACAGCACCAGUACCUAAUGCCACAGCAGAUCGACUAGGGAGUUCGGCAAGCAAAGCCUCAAAUCAAUUCCAAAUGGGAUCAUCGGUCAAGGUGGCACCCAGUAUAGCAUUAAUUCCUGAUUUGGGUUUUGUGGCACCCGCUAUACCCACACAUACCUCAUUUAUUAAUUCAUUGCCCAAGCCUAGUAUUAAUACGAAAAAAUGACGAUUGCUCAAUAGUCAGAAUCAGAAUAAGGACCAGUCGCAGUCACAGCAGAAGCAAAGUCUGGUAAAUUCCCAACAACAUUCCCAACGUUCUCAACGUUUUCAACAAAUAAUGACAACAACGACAACCGUGUCGAAAAACUCUACUUACCGUUCCAACAAUGCAAAUGUAUGUGUGGCUUCAAGUUACAGUGAUGAUAUUUUAAUAUAGAACCAAAUUCCUUUUAA